UUCAGGCGCCUCUGGAGUGAAGGCCAGCCUAUCAUAGUCGCUUGUGUUGACCGGUACCUUCAAGGUUCCUGGGAUCCUGACUACUUCUCGCAGUCGUUUGGUGCUGAAAACGUCUCGGUCGUGGAUUGUGAAACAAAUAGGAACUAUAGAACAACGGUGAGGAGCUUUUUCGAAGACUUCGGUGCCAAAGAUCCAAGCAAUUGUACAAUACUCAAGUUGAAGGACUGGCCCCCGCAGACUGAGUUCAAAACGAAGUUUGCUCAUCUUUACCAGGAUUUGAUACAAGCCACCCCGGCACCUGAUCUUACACAGCCCGAUGGGGUGUGGAAUCUAGUCGCACAUUUCCCGUUAAACGGUGUAGUACCUGAUCUUGGCCCCAAAAUGUAUAAUGCGUACGGGACUCAACAGGAUGAUCACCACCACGGAUCGACGCGUCUUCACAUGGAUGUUACUUCUGCAAUUAACCUGAUGCUCUUUGCGACACCUGAAGAUAAUGGCGCUUUAGGUGGAGCAAUCUGGCAUAUAUUCCCGCGUUCCGCAACUCCGCAACUCCGGCGAUUUCUCUCCGAGACCCUGGAGAAAGGCAGCAAUGGUGACCCGAUCCAUAAUCAACAGACAUAUCUCACCCCAUCGAUGCUGGGGCGCCUUCGCUCCGACUAUGGCGUCUCAGCCUAUACAAUUAGGCAGUGUCCUGGUGAAGCGAUUUUCAUCCCCGCCGGUUGCGCCCAUCAAGUGAGUCUUAGCUACUGA